GCACCGGGCUGAUAUAAAAGCAAGCCUCGCCAACUUUGAUCGAUGGAGUUUCUGCAAGUGAUGGACGAGAUCAAAGGAGCAUCGUGCAUUUGGGAUUUAACCUUUUCGGACAAAAGCUCUUGUUUCUGAGCCUGUGGAGGAUUUAUUUUUCUGUGACACACUGUGUUAUUGUUUUCUACUUUUUCCUCUCUCAUCUUCUGCGGGAAUCAGCUGACUGACAGCAUGGGGACACUGCUUUUAGUUGCUGUCUUUCAGGCGCUGACAGUCGGCGUGGUGACUGCUGGCUGUCCAGUGGUGUGCGAGUGUCCCGCGGGGUCUCCGUCUUGUCCCCCCGGGGUCAGCUCGGUGCCGGACGGCUGCGGCUGCUGCAAGGUGUGCGCCGCUCAGCUCAACCAGGACUGCCACGAAGGAAGGCCCUGCGACCAUCACAAAGGCCUGGAGUGCAACUAUGGCAACGAUGUGGGCCGUUCCCAUGGCAUCUGCAGGGCGAAGGCAGAGGGCCGCUCGUGCGAAUACAACGGGCGGAUUUACCAAAACGGCGAGAACUUCCACGCUGGCUGCAAGCACCAGUGCACCUGCAUCGACGGAGCGGUGGGCUGCGUGCCCCUUUGCCCCAGCCACGUGCCGCUGGCGUCCCCUUCCUGUCCGGCUCCACAGCUGGUCAAAGUGCCGGGCCAGUGCUGCCUCACCAUCGACUGCCACAAGGGAACCACCCUCGUGCCCCCCGUGCACCGCAGACCCCAACCUCCAGCUUACCCGCCUUACCCGUUCAUUCCCUAUCCGGCCUACCCCUUCCCGAAGCCUUAUCCGAAACCUUACCGGAAGCUGUACCCCUACAAACCCAAAAAGGAGAAGGACACCCUGGGGAACGAGCUGGUGGAGGUGGAGGUGGGGCUGGGGGGCGGGCGCAAGUGGGACAAGCCACGUGGAAACAAGCACCUGGCGGCCUGGAAACAGGUGGGCGAUCAGUGUGCGGUUCAGACGACUUCGUGGUCCCAGUGUUCCCGGAGCUGUGGGAUGGGUGUCUCCUCUCGUGUUACCAAUGACAAUGCCCGCUGUAAGCUGAUCAAGGAGACGCGUCUGUGCAACAUUCGGCCCUGCAGCUCCAUGUCUUUGCCUGUCAAGAGAGGAAGGAAGUGCUCCCGUACCCACAAGGCCCCCGAGCCUCACCGCCUGUCCUACGCCGGCUGCCGGAGCUCUCGCCUGUACAGGCCCAACUACUGCGGCGUGUGCCGGGACGGCCGCUGCUGCUCGCCCCGCCGCACGCGCACCGCCGGCGUGAGCUUCGCCUGUCCCGACGGCGAGCGCUUCAGCCGGGCCGUGAUGUUCAUCCAGUCCUGCAAGUGCAGCGACGAGUGCAACCACCUGAACGAGGCCGCCAUGCCUCCUCAGCGAUGGCUCUACGGAGACACACACAAGUUCAUCGACUAGUGGGAUCAUCCUCUCCCCCCUAAACCCCCAAAAAACCCUUCAUUCCCUCACAACAAGACUCUAACCCCUCCCCACACCCACAUAGUGAUCCCCAAUAUACAAUAGCUGUCCUUAGUGUAUCUAUAUGAGUAGACGCAAGCGAGGUGAACACGUCAUCAAAACGUCUUUUCUGAUUUUUUGGGGGGGAAUGGGGAAAGGAAUCUGCCUUGGAAAGAGCAAAGUGACAACCGGCUGCCAAAUGUCCCCUGAACUCUGAGACUUUUUGUUGGGGACACUAGGAGCAAAAGCUGACACACACACACACACACACACACACACACACA